UGAUUUGCGGAAAUUAGUUACUCAUAUGUAACGAUUCGUGUUUUCCCAAACCAUUUCAGCAUUCUCGCGAGUAACUUGGCGCAAAUUAUCCACGUUUACGCAAUUUUCAAUAAUGCAAUGUGUAAAAAGAGAAAGUUUUGUAUAAUCAUGUUGUUUUAACCCAUAUAGCUACCAGCUUAUUUCAAUUCAUUAAAAAUCUUUGUGUUUUCCCAAAGUCAAAUUCGGGUAACUCGCCUUUCAACAACAAUUUAGGGCGAUGGCAGCGUGAAAGUCAAGUGCACUUGAAAACGAGAUUUUAAAUUUCAAAGAAGGCCUUUCCGCUUAUGCAAAUCUUGGUUAAUCAUCCAUCAUUGGGAAUAUACAAGAGUUGUAAGUAAAAGUUCACGGCUAACAUUACGCGAUAGUGGGGAAGCGCGCGAGUGUUAAAACAUUACCAAUCUUGAGCUCAUUCAAGUUUAGUCUCAAGCGACGAACGAUGUGGAAAUUACUUAUUGUGACAAGUGUCAUUGCAGUAUCCUACGCCGCAAAGUUACAAGAAGUUUUUAGAUGGCGAGACGUCGACUUUGCCUGGCCAAGUGAACAAGCCAAACAAGAAGCUCUUCAAAAUCAGCGUUAUAUACCCGCUAAUAACCUACCUCUUGGACUUGCACGAUGGAAGAACAAACUUUUCAUCACAAUCCCACGGUGGAAAGCGGGUGUUGCUUCAUCUUUGAAUUACAUUCCCUUAAAUACCAGCAAUAGCAGCCCUGCGCUUAUUCCAUACCCCAGUUUAAAAGCAAACACUUUGCCGACCAAUGGAGAAAAACUGGGAGAUGAUCGCAUUGUAUCCACGUUCAGAGUGGAGGUAGACGCCUGCGACCGUCUCUGGGUAAUGGACACAGGAUUAGCUGACAUACUAGGGUCAGGCGAUCAGCAUUCCAAGCCAGCGUUAGUUGUAUUCGAUCUGAAUACGGACAGGCUGCUUAGACGGUACGAGUUUAAACCGGAAGAUCUGAAAGAUUCAUCCUUUUUUGCUAAUGUGAUCGUAGACGUCCAACCGGGUAGGUGCGACGAAGCAUUCGCAUAUGUUCCCGAUCUGGGUGGCUACGGAAUUGUGGUUUACUCCUGGAAGAACAACGAGUCUUGGAGGAUUCACCACAACUAUUUCCACUUUGAUCCGUUGAACGGCGACUUGACAGUGGGUGGAGUUAACUUCCAAUGGACCGAUGGAAUUUUCGGCUUGGCGCUGGGUAGGAUGAGGUCUAACGGAUAUCGCACCUUAUUCUUCCAUCCGUUAGUCAGUACCCACGAAUUUUCCGUUUCAACAGAAGUGUUACGCAAUCAAACCCUUGCAGUCGACCCUAAUUCGUACAAUCUCUACAAGAUUGAAGGUAACCGAGGUGCUGCAACGCAAGCAUCGUCAAGUAAUUUAGAUUUAAAAACGGAAGUAUUAUUCUUAACGCAAUUACAAAAGGAUGGAGUUGCAUGUUGGAAUACUAAUAAACCACUUAACCCAGAAAAUUUUGGAAACGUGGCCCAGGAUAAGGUCGGAUUGGUGUUUCCCAACGAUUUAAAGAUUGACGCUGAAAGAAACUUAUGGGUCUUAUCUGAUCGUAUGCCAGUUUUCCUUUUUCACUCGUUAAAUAGAAACGAAUAUAAUUACAGAAUCUUUAGAAUUAAGGUUGAUGAUGCCAUUGUAAAUACUCCGUGUGCACUAAAUUGAUGCUGUUGUUUUCAAUUGUGGGUUACUAAUUAAUGCUGAAAGUGUGCAAAUAUACGGACAAUUGGUAGGUACAAAAGUUAUUGGCGUGCCAGUGUUAUAAUUAGUUCCAUCAACAAAGAUUCGGAC